CCCCAUUCCACGCCCGCCGGCCGAGCUCUCUGUCUGGGGGACCCGCAUCUCUGCUCCCUCGAUUUGCUCUCCCCGACUCUGCUGCAAGCGCGCACCCUCUUCUUCUCCCUGUGGUCCGGACACAUAGUAUGACCGUUAGGUGUUUCAUCUCCCAGCCAUUUUUUAUGGAAAAGCACGGGAAUCAGGCCAUGCUUGCCGCUGGCAGCUUUGAGGAAUGGGAUGCUUUUAGAGAAGCUUGAUCUUCAAGGCUUGGCGUGAGUCCUCCCAAAGCCAGACCCAGCAGAGUUCCUCUAUCUCGUCUUGGUGCUGAAAUCUCCCCCUUCUCCAGUUCUUCUCCAUCUCUCGGGAGGUAGCAAGCAAUCAGCAUCAUGGUUGGAUUCAAGGCCACAGAUGUGCCCCCCACUGCCACUGUGAAGUUCUUGGGGGCUGGCACAGCGGCCUGCAUCGCAGAUCUCAUCACCUUUCCCCUGGAUACGGCCAAGGUUCGGCUGCAGAUUCAAGGUGAAAGUCAGGGGCCUGUGAAGGCCGCCACUGGCGCACAAUACCGUGGUGUGCUGGGCACUAUCCUGACCAUGGUACGCACUGAGGGCCCCAGCAGCCUGUACAACGGGCUGGUGGCGGGUCUGCAGCGCCAGAUGAGCUUCGCCUCUGUCCGCAUCGGCCUCUACGACUCAGUCAAGCAGUUCUACACCAAAGGCUCUGAGAAUGCUGGCAUCGGAAGCCGCCUCCUGGCAGGCAGCACCACAGGUGCCAUGGCUGUGGCUGUGGCCCAGCCCACGGAUGUUGUCAAGGUCCGCUUUCAAGCUCAGGCCAGGGCUGGAGGUAGCCGGAAAUACCAAAGCACUGUGGAGGCCUACAAGACCAUUGCCCGUGAGGAAGGGUUCAGAGGCCUCUGGAAAGGCACCUCUCCCAAUGUGGCCAGGAACGCCAUUGUCAACUGUACUGAGCUGGUGACCUAUGACCUCAUCAAGGACACCAUCCUAAAGGCCAACCUCAUGGCGGAUGACCUCCCAUGCCACUUCAUUUCCGCCUUUGGGGCGGGCUUCUGCACCACUGUCAUCGCCUCCCCUGUGGAUGUGGUGAAGACGAGAUACAUGAACUCUGCCCUGGGCCAGUACCGCAGCGCUGCCCACUGCGCCCUCACCAUGCUCCAGAAGGAGGGUCCCCGAGCCUUCUAUAAAGGGUUUAUGCCCUCCUUUCUACGCCUGGGCUCCUGGAAUGUGGUGAUGUUUGUCACCUACGAGCAGCUGAAACGUGCCCUCAUGGCUGCCUGCGCUUCCCGGGAGGCUCCGUUCUGAGUUCUGCCUGCUGCUGAUCUGGCUUUGACUUGGCUCCAGCCAGGCCCUGCUGUCCUUUUUCUCUUCCCGCUCCCCAUCUUCCUCCUGCUCCCUUCCCCACCAGCUCCCCAACCCUUUUUUACCACCCCACCCCCAUGCCUCCUCUCCCUGUGUUCAGUCCUGGUGGUGGAAACCUCCGUGGACACUGGCACCUGCCAGGAUCCCAAGCCCUAGGUUCCCUGGAGAGUUCAGCUCAUCUUCAUCCUGCCCCAGCCCAGCUAGCUUGUCGCCCUGAUAAAGCACCUCAAUCCUA